GCAUUGCGCCCUCCUCUGCGUGUCACAUGACCCAGAUACUGAGGCGGAAGUGAAAAGCUAAACAGCAGAUCAGAGCAGUAAAAAUAACGGUGGUGAUGUGAUGGCAGCUGCCAGUGUGAGUCGACCCGGCGGUUUGCCCAACACAGAGAAAUCACAGCUCACCUUAAAAGUGCUAUCAGCGAGGCCUCAGUCUCCGAAGCUCCCAGCUCGUCUGGCGCGUGGCAGCUCGUUUGUGGAGGUGACGGCUGACGGUCUGAGCACCGAGACCAAGAAAACCUGCAAACGCAGUGGAAACGACCUGCAGUGGAACGAAGACCUCACACUUAACGUGACUCCUCUGAGCCGGUUGGAUCUGAAGUUGUGGAAUUGUCACACUCUGAGGAAGGAGCUCCUGGGCAGCGCCACCAUCGACCUGCUCGACACACUGCGCACUCAUCACGGGAAAAUGGAGAACGUGGAGCUCAGUCUGGAGCUACAGAUGGAGAAUAAAGGCUUGGUUGUGUCGGGUGGAGAGCUGAACGUCUGUUUGGACGGCUUGGUUGUUGAUCUGGGAUCACUGCCCAAUCACGGUGCAGAAACCGACAAGCUGCUGCAGACAGAGUGUACCGACCUUCUCAGGACUCAGGGCUCGGAGACGGACGGCUCGGCUAACAGCCCCCGCAGAAAUCCGAGAGCAGCAAGUGUAGAUUCUCCUGGAGCUUCAAGAGGAACAGUGCUCACCAAUGGAGACGCAAACACAGACUCAACACACCAUAACACAGAUAAAGGUAAUCCUGUGGCAGAAGAAAAUGGGCGUAGCCAGAACACCCCUCCAUCACCAUCACUCCGACCAGAGGCCCCUCCCACUGACACUUCUGCCCCGCCUCCAUCAGCGGAUUCAGCUCCGCCUACACAGGAUCAAAACACACAGCCAGCUGUGGAGGAUUUACCUGCAGGCUGGGAGCAGAGAGUGUUGCCUCAUGGCCGAGUGUACUAUGUGGACCACAACACCAAGACUACUACGUGGGAGAGGCCCCUCCCUCAGGGGUGGGAGAAGCGUGUAGAUCAGCGUGGCAGGUUUUACUAUGUGGACCACAACACGCGGACGACGACGUGGCAGCGGCCCACAGCCGAGUCGGUCAGGAACUUCGAGCAGUGGCAGAGUCAGCGCAGUCAGCUACAGGGGGCCAUGCACCUGUUCAACCAGAGAUACCUGUACCAGUCGUCUGGAGCUCCGGUUGAGAAUGAUCCUCUGGGUGCUCUUCCUCCAGGAUGGGAAAAGCGUCAGGACAAUGGCAGAGUUUAUUUUGUCAAUCACAACACUCGCACCACACAGUGGGAGGAUCCUCGAACCCAAGGGAUGAUCCACGAGCCCCCGCUGCCCCCUGGCUGGGAGAUGAAGUACACUGCUGAGGGUGUGAGAUACUUUGUGGAUCAUAAUUCUCGCACCACUACCUUCAAAGACCCGCGGCCGGGAUUCGAGUCAGGCUCACGACAGGGUGGAUCUCCAGGUGCAUAUGACCGCAGCUUCAGGUGGAAAUAUCACCAGUUCCGCUUCCUGUGCCAUUCCAACGCUCUGCCCAGUCAUGUGAAGAUUUCAGUUUCGAGGCAGACUCUGUUCGAGGACUCAUUCCAGCAGAUUAUGAACAUGAAGCCGUAUGACCUGCGCAGGAGGCUCUACAUCAUAAUGAGAGGAGAGGAGGGGCUCGACUACGGCGGCAUCGCCAGGCAAUGGUUCUUCCUGCUGUCCCAUGAGGUGUUGAACCCGAUGUACUGUCUGUUUGAAUACGCCGGUAAAAAUAACUACUGUCUGCAGAUAAACCCCGCCUCCUCCAUAAACCCCGACCACCUCACCUACUUCCGCUUCAUUGGACGCUUUAUCGCCAUGGCGCUGUAUCAUGGGAAGUUUAUCGAUACGGGCUUCACUCUUCCCUUCUACAAGCGCAUGCUGAAUAAAAAACCCACGCUGAAGGACCUGGAGUCCAUCGACCCGGAGUUCUACAACUCCAUCCUCUGGGUCAAGGAAAACGAUGUUGAGGAGUGUGGAGUCGAGCUGUAUUUUGCACAGGACAUGGAGAUUUUGGGGAAGGUGUCCACACACUCGCUGAAGGACGACGGUGAGAACCUGCUCGUCACCCAGGACAACAAGGAGGAGUACAUCAGUUUGCUGACAGACUGGCGGUUCUCACGGGGAGUGGAGGAACAGACCAAAGCGUUUCUAGACGGCUUUAACGAAGUUGUUCCACUCGAAUGGCUUCGUUACUUUGAUGAGAAAGAGCUGGAGCUGAUGCUGUGUGGGAUGCAGGAGAUCGAUCUGAGUGAUUGGCAGAAAAACACCAUCUAUCGCCAUUACACCAAGAACAGCAAACAGAUCCACUGGUUCUGGCAGGUGGUGAAGGAGAUGGAUAAUGAGAAAAGGAUUCGACUGCUGCAGUUUGUCACGGGAACGUGCCGGCUUCCCGUGGGAGGAUUCACCGAGCUGAUAGGGAGUAACGGACCACAGAAGUUCUGCAUCGACAAA